ACGCCAUAAUAAUAACCCUGAAGCAAAGCAAUUGCCAAUUGCAUAGCACCACGCCACCACCCGACCCAUCCAGGCACACCAAGAAACGCAGGCCUUCCCUUUUGCUACCUGCCCCCUCGGAUCGAGCGGGGGCAAUUCGGAUUAGACGGCCACGUCCCCCGCCGAGCCUCACCAAUCGCCCUCUGCAGGCAGGGAAGGACGGGGCGGGGCGGAGAUCUGCUGAUUGCUCUCUUUCUUAUCUUCUCGCCUCCCCUCCCCUCCCGUUCUCCCAAUUCCAACCUGCUGCUCGCGGUCGCGGUGGCCAUUGCCUCGCUCGCGUCUCCUUGGCCGCGGGCGGAUCCGGCCGCAUCCUGCUGCUGUUCCCCAUUCGUCGGUCGUUGCCAGUCCAUGGAUUCUUAACCAAUUCUUCCCCAAGCUUCUUCCUUGCCUGGGAGCAGCUAGCUGCAUCCUGUUAAAUAAUAGCUCUAGCGUGCGGGGGGAGGCCGCGAUGGCGUCCAGGGACUUCCUGCGCGUCUUCGGGGCAGGGGCGGGCCACCAGGACGACGCCGCCGCCGCCGCCGGCCGGACAGACGACGUCGAGCUCAGCCUCGGUCUCUCCCUGGGCGGCCGCUUCGGCACCACCGACGCCAAGCGCCCGCGCCUGGCGCGCUCCUCCUCCAUCGCCUCCGUCUGCUCCGUCUCCUCCCUCCACGCCGACGCCGACGCCGCGCCGCUGCCGCUGCUGCGCACCACCUCGCUGCCCACCGAGACCGAGGAGGAGCGCUGGCGCCGCCGCGAGACGCAGAGCCGCCGCCGCCUCGAGGCCCGGCAGAAGCGCGUCGAGCGCCGCAACUCCAUGGCCUCCCUGGCGCCCGCCGUCGUCGGCGGGACCGGGAGGAGGUCCAACGCCUCGCAGGGGAGCAACUCUGCCAGCACCACGGAGCAAGGUAUUGGUGGGAGCGCGAGUAACCAAUCCACAGACGCGAGGAGUCCAUCAUCAACCUCUGAUAAUAAUACAAAUCAAAACAACAUGCUUCCUCCGACGACUAAAGCAGCCGAGAAGCCACUAAACGGCACUGCGACAGAGCAGCCGCAGCCUCGCCUGCGGACGCUUGGGUCCCUGACGACGCGGACGAGCAGUACCGGCGACAUCAGGAAGCUCAUGAUGGAGGACAUGCCGAUGGUCUCGUCCAAGGUAGAGGGGCCUAACGCCAGGAGGAUCGACGGCUUCCUGUACAGGUACAAGAAGGGCGAGGACGUGAGGAUAGUGUGCGUCUGCCAUGGCAGCUUCCUCACCCCCGCGGAGUUCGUUAAGCACGCUGGCGGCGGUGACGUAUCGAACCCGCUUCGACAUAUCGUCGUCAACCCUGCGCCGUUCUCGUGAAGAGGGAGGGUUACGCUGUUGCUGCUGGUAUCGAUCGUGCUGUAACAUGUUGUAGUAGGCUCCUUGUUUCCGGGAGUUCAAUGGAAGGUCUCUCUCUAUAUUUGACAUGGAUUGAGUGUGACAGCAAAUCCAAGAGAAACAUCAUCUACAAAUGUUAGACUUGUCUACAAAUUGACAAGGAUUCAGGUUGCUGGCUUACAGCAUUUGCCUGUUCUUUGACAUUAAAAAAACUCCAAAUCACUUUAAUUUUCACAAA